AUGCCAAAGCCAGUUCCAAAGUGGAAACCAAGGGUGGAUUCGUAUAAAAAAGAUGAUAACGCUACGAUUCAGGCAUCCACGUCUGGCCUAUCAGGUUUAGAGAAAGAAAAUAUUCCGAUUGAUGUUGAUGCUUCAGCUCAAAUUAACACAGAGAUGCAUGAGAAAAUCUCGUUGUCAACCUCUUUGAACGAAUUACUCUCAGAGCCUGUUUCAGAGCCAGAUAAGAAUGUUACAGCCAAUGCUGAAAAUGGUGUUAAUCUUUCGAAUCAGAGUGAGCUUUGCGUUUCAACAAUUGAGCAGCAACAGGAAAAACAGCGAGCUGCUUUCGUUCAACCUGUUGCGGAAAUCCCAAAUUCUAUGAAUUUAUCCUUACUUGAUACUGCUAUUGUUUAUAGUAUGAACUCUGCAAGAAACGGCGUGUGA